GAAAAAACAAAUUUUUUUAAAACACAAAUCCAUUCGUGUGCGUGCGGCUAAGUUAAAACAUUAAUGGACACUUCCUCAUCACUUUUGCUCUUCUCCUUCUUCAUCUUUUUCAUCAUCGUCCUCAUUUUCAACAAGAUCAAGGGUCUUAGAUCAUCCUCAGCUUCAAAGACAAAACUUAUUGAUCAUGUUAACACUCACAGCCACGGACCAAUCUUUCCACAAGGAAGCUUGGGAUGGCCUGUCAUCGGAGAAACCAUCGAGUUCAUCUCUUCUGCUUACUCAGACCAUCCAGAGAGUUUCAUGGACAAACGUCGACUUAUGUAUGGGAGAGUGUUUAAGUCGCAUAUAUUUGGAACGGCUACGAUCGUGUCGACGGACGCAGAAGUUAACAAAACUGUUUUACAGAGCGACCCGACCGCAUUCGUGCCCUUCUACCCGAAAACGGUGAGGGAGCUGAUGGGAAAAUCUUCAAUACUUCUGAUAAACGGGAGUUUACACCGAAGGUUCCAUGGACUAGUUGGUUCGUUCUUAAAGUCACCACUUCUCAAAGCACAAGUUGUUAAAGACAUGCAUAAGUUUUUGUCGGAAUCCAUGGAUCUUUGGUCUGAGGACCAACCUGUUCUCCUUCAAGAUGUCUCCAAGACGGUUGCAUUUAAAGUACUUGCAAAAGCAUUGAUAAGUGUAGAAAAAGGAGAAGACUUAGAAGAGUUAAAGAAAGAGUUUGAACAAUUCAUCAAAGGCCUCAUGUCAUUGCCAAUUAACUUCCCUGGAACCCAACUUCACAGAUCUCUCCAAGCUAAGAAGAAGAUGGUUAAGCAAGUUGAAAGAAUCAUAGAGAGCAAAGUUAGGAGAGCAAAAAAUAAAGAAGAAGAAGUUGUUGUUGCAAAAGAUGUUGUGGAUGUGUUGCUUAAGGACUCAAAUGAAAAUUUAACUCACAAUUUGAUUGCUAACAAUAUGGUCGACAUGAUGAUUCCUGGCCAUGAUUCGGUACCUGUUCUCAUCACCCUUGCCGUCAAAUUUCUCUCCGAUUCUCCUAGUGCUCUUCAUUUUCUAACGGAAGAAAACAUUGAGCUGAAAAGAUUAAAGGAAUUGACAGGAGACCCACUAUCUUGGAAUGACUAUUUGUCAUUACCUUUUACACAAAAGGUUAUUACAGAGACACUGAGAAUGGGAAAUGUUAUAAUUGGAGUGAUGCGAAAAGCGAUGAAAGAUGUUGAAAUAAAAGGAUACGUGAUACCAAAAGGAUGGUGCUUCUUGGCUUAUCUCAGAUCAGUCCAUCUUGAUAAACUUUAUUAUGACUCCCCCUACAAAUUCAAUCCCUGGAGAUGGCAAGAAAGAGACAUGAACACGAGUAGUUUCAGUCCUUUUGGAGGUGGUCAGAGAUUGUGCCCUGGUCUCGAUUUGGCCCGUCUUGAAACUUCAAUUUUCCUUCACCAUCUUGUCACUCGCUUCAGAUGGACUGCAGAAGAAGAUACAGUUAUAAAUUUUCCUACCGUGCAUAUGAAAAACAAGUUACCCAUCUGGAUCAAACGAAGAUGA